GAGUGCGAGGAGGGGCCGGCGCGGCGGACCCGCGCCGGCACCGCGCGCACCACGCCGCCCUCCUCCGCGACCCACACGACGAACGGCUGUACCCCUGCGGGCUGUCAGGUGCCGACGACACCGCAGGCCGCGCGCGGCGCCGCCCGCCCGCCGACGACGAUGAACGGCAAACAAGGCGACGGGACGAUGGCGCUGCGCCGCAACAGCCGCAGCUUCAACUCGCUACCCCGCCACCUGCCCAGCACCUACUCGGUGCCCUACGGCUUCAAGAUCGACCUGGACUUCGUCCGCUUCUGCGACAACUACUAUGACAACAAGGAGAGCCAGCGGCCAGUUAACCGGCUCCGGCGCACCAAGCGCAGCCACAAGAAGUCCUACGACUCGCUGCUCGGGCUGCGCCGAGAAAAGGCGGACAAGCAGAAGUCAGUCAGUCCGCCAGUGCAGGCGCCGGCGCCCGUGUUCCCAUCCGUGCGGAGCGCGCCGGACCGUCAGCUGGCCAGCGAUCUCGAGAGCUCCCUGGGUCAGGUGAUGUCCGACUUCGAGGAGACGCUGGAGCGGUCGCGCGCUGCCACUCACACCAGCCCGGCGUACCUGAGCGACGGUGCUGGGUACCGGCCGCCGGCCAGGCGCUACCACUCGCUGCCCCGGCCAGGCUCGUUGCGCUCCUGGCGGGACGCGGAGCGGGACCUGCCGCGAGCCUCGUCCAACUCGUCGCUCUCGGACUCGUCCGAGCCGGCCGGGCCCACCGCGCGCUCGGCCGACAUCGCGCGCGAGAUGGCGGAGACCAUCAGCUCGCUGCAGCGCCUCAGCCAGAUGGAGGACGGCCCAGAGCCGCGGCCGGCGCGCCGCGGUGCCUCCGGGGACGGGCGCGCCGCCGCCGGCGGCCCCGAGGAGACCGCCGAACGCCUCCACAAGCUGUCGGUGCUGCGAGAGGAGAAGCGCGCGAUGGAGCAGGUGGUGCGCAGCCGACCCCGGCGCGACCCAACGCCCGAGCUGGCCUCGGAGGGGCCUGAGCGCGAGUCCAGGCUGACCCUGAGGUCCAGAAGUCUCUCGCCUGCCCCCGAUGCCGUGUUGCGCGGCCGGCGGGUCCAGCAGGACGCGUCCACCAGCUGUCGCGUGUUGACACGAGACGUGGGCGUCUCUGGUGGCCCGCCCUCCCGCGGCGCCACGCCUCCCCAGGAGUCCAGCGCUGCCCGCGUCAUCACGCGGGACCGUUCGGUGGGCGUGCUGACUGAGCUGAACGCCGGCCAGGCCGAGCCGGGCCGGCGCCGCAUCUCGCUGGAGGCUAUCCUGAGCGGUCGCGGGGGCAGCCGCUCGGUGGGUGUGGCCACGUCCCCGCCGCGGCUGGGCGUCGGCCGCACCCACGUGGAAGAGGUGCGCGCCGCGCCGCCGCCAUGA